AUGUCCAAAGACCUCUUGCCCAUGCAUAGAAUUGAUAACCAGCCCACAACACGCACUCUACGUCGACUAAGUCAUGGCCUGGUGAUGGAUCUAAAGCAGGCUGUACAGCUUGAAAAACAAGAGCUUAAGAAGAUGGGGCUCUCAAUUGAGGUGGAUAUAACACAGCUCAAGGUAGCGUCAGCAGAAAAAGACAAGCAGUCAAAGGACUACACGACGCUGCCCCAUUGGCUCUACCGCCCGCAACGGCUUGCAACUACUGGAAAAUAUAGCGGUUGUCCCCCAUGUUCUCCACCGGUGCCAAUUCCACAAAAUCAUGAAGCACAACGUCGCUACAGCGCAACAGGUGAUCUAGGAGAACCUGUGACACACGGUAUAGAUCCUGACGAACUGCAGACGAUGAGCACAUCGCAUUGUCAUGCAAAAAACAUUGACGAGCUGUGGGACUACAAUAUGUUGACUGAGAGCCGAGAAUCUUUCGAAGCGUCCUGCGACCAGGUGAAGCAAAGAUCUAGGAACAACAAAGAGGCCGUCGACGGGACGGCGAGAGAGAUGACACUACUAAAAUACGGAUCCGAUUCGUCCAUGGCUUCAACAGUAAAAAGUGUCAAUGAGAAUGAUGAAGACCUGGAUGAAAUGGUCGGCCCCGAGGAAGACGAACAGAUGCUUCAUUAUGGAGAUGUAUUUGUGAUGGAGGAUCUGUAG